CCGAAGUCGCUGGCGGCGCAGUCGCUGUCGCCGCACCUGCGCACGCUGCGCUGGAGCGGGUUCUGCCGCCUGGCGCCGCGCCGCCGCGCGCACGAGCUGUACCGCGGGUGCGCACUCGCCGCCACCGCCACCUACCUGCUGCAGCAGUUCAUCUAUGCCUAUCAGGAGCGGAACGACAUGGACAAGCUGGCGCGCGUGAUGUUCCUGCUGCUGUGCCACGUGACGUCCAUCGUCAAGCAGCUCGUGUUCCACGCGGACGCGCGGCGCAUCGACCUCAUGGUGGAUGGAUUCGAAGAUCCAGCAUACGGUGGGACAUCCCCUCCCGGCUGGCAGCGCGGCCUGCUCGCGCGCACGGCCGCCCGCGCGGCGCGGCUGCAGCGCGCGUACGCCGCCACCGCGCUGCUCACGUGCCUGCUGUGGGCCGUGUUCCCCGCCGCGGACCGCGCGCGCGGGCGGCCCGUCGAGUUCCCCUUCUGGGUCGGGAUCGAUUGCACUCACUCUGUCGUGUUCUCGCUGGUGCUGACGUACUCGUUCUACGUGACGUCGCUGGUGGGCAUCGCCAACACCACCAUGGACGCCUUCGUGGCUACCGUGCUGUACCAGUGCAAGACACAACUCACCAUUCUCAGGCGUAAUUUGGAAACUCUAACCGAGCGCGCGGCGCGGGAGGCGCAGGACAGAGAGCAGUUUGAUUUUAUUUUGAACAAGUUAUUUGUGGACUGCCUGGAUCACUACAAGAAGAUUACUGAGACGCUGGGCCUGCUGCAAGACAUCUUCGGUACCGCCAUCCUCGUGCAGUUCGCCAUCGGCGGCUGGAUCCUGUGCAUGGCGGCCUAUAAACUCGUUAGUCUGAGCGUGUUUAGCGUGGAGUUCGCGUCGAUGACGCUGUUCAUCACGUGCAUCCUCACCGAGCUGCUGCUGUACUGCUUCUACGGCAACGAGGUGCAGGUGGAGAGCGACCGCCUGCUGCAGUCGAUGUACUCGAUGCAGUGGCUGCGCGCGGGGCCGCGGUUCCGGCGCGCGCUGCUGGUGGCCAUGGAGCGCGCCAAGCGGCCGCUGCGCCCCGCCGCCGGCCUCAUCAUCCCGCUCUCGCUCGACACCUUCCUCAAGAUCUUGAAGUCGUCAUACACGUUCUACGCUGUGCUACGACAAACAAAGUAA